UUUUAUCUACAACAAGAGUAACAAAUUAUAUCCCUUGUCCCUGCCCACCCGAAUUCUACCUAUAUCGGUAUUCCAAUUCAUAGAUUAUUCAUAGAACUAUCUGUCCAUUUUCUUACCUACAUGUGUUUUAAUCUAACAACCCUACAAAUUUUUAAAUAAAAUUUAUUUAUUUUAAAUAAAACCGCGACGCGAUUCUUAGGGAUACUUGGGAUUUUAACUCGCGCACAAUUGAUAUUUAAGAUGUGAAUAAAAUAGCAUACAUACAAUAGUAUAUAUCCGGGAUGUCAUACAAAAAUCUUGAUUCGCUUCUUACUUUCUUAUAUCUAAAAUAUCCAUAAAUACCUUAGAUACAUGUCUUCGGGUAAUUACAAAGGCUUCUUGUCUCUGAACUCAUAUUUGCUAACUCUUUUACAGGCAGGUAAUGUUACGGCUUAAUGAAUCCAAACACGCAAGGUGAUUCGUCUCUCACAUACAUGCUUCAUCAUAAUUUCACUUAUGUACGCUUCUUACUUCCUUAUAUCUAAAAUAUGCAUACAUACCUUAGAGUAAUUAUAAAGGCUUCUUGUCUACGCACUCAUUUGCUAACUCUUUUACAGACAGGAAAUGUUACGGCUUAUUAAAUUCAAACACGCAAAUUCGUCUCUCACAUACAUACUUUAUCAUAAUUUUAUUUAUGUACGCCCCACACGAUACGGAAAAACGUAACAUGUAUUCUUCCACACUUCUGCAACAACACCCCUUUGCUACACCCUUUCAUCGGUAAUAUGGUAGCGAAUACGCGGACCAUUCAUUAUGUAACGGCUCACGAGAGGAUUUUCCUUUCCCGUAUCAUUAAGCAGUACGUUAGCAUACAUCGCGCAUUACAGUCAUGCAAAAAAAGCUGUUGCUAAAGGACGUGAUCUACGCCGUGAAAUUAAGUGUGACUUUAAUUUGCUGUUGGCCGUUAAAGCGAGAUGCGACAAAAUUUCAGAUAUUCUGUAUGAAACUGUAUCACUAUUUCUGUAUUGUCAUGACUGCGUGUCUAGCGGUACCAAUGACAUAUGCUGUCAUAUGUAGUCUUAACGAUCCUUUUAAUACAGUACAAAUAACUAUUCUAACAAGCGCCCUUUACCAUACCAUGGCUAAUUUCAUUUUUUAUAAAAUUAAUUACCAUUGCAUACAGAAAGUUACUCUCGAAAUGGUACAUUUUAAUAACGUAAUGAAACCACAGGAAGAAAUCGUGAUUCAGCGAUAUAUUGACAAAUAUUUGUUGUUGUAUGGAGCAUCUCUGACUACUUUUUACACGAUGACGGCAGUAACUGUAUUCAUACCUGCUGUGACGAAACAACCAUUUCCAGCACAAGCCAAAUAUCCAUUCGAUGUGUCUUAUCAACCGCUAAAAGCAAUAAUCUAUGUACAACAAUCUGUAGUCGGAUUCUUUGUAUCAGGACAACUAUGUAUAAAUAUUUAUAUGGCUUUAUUGAUCUGGUUCACAGCGGCAAGAUUUGAUAUUCUAAUUGAAGAACUCAAGACAGCUACAAAUGUCUAUGCGUUGUGCAAAUGUAUUAAAACACAUCAAGAAUUACUCAAGUAUGCAGCCGAAGUUUCAAUUGCUGCUCGUCCUUUCGCAUUUAUAUCAAUAUGUUGUAGCACGGUUACCUCAAUAACAAUUUUCCUUGUACUUAUGACAAAGCCACCUCUACCAGUUUUACUCCACUUAUGUGGUCUGUUUACAACAGGUAUAGUGGAAGUAUUUAUGUAUACGUGGCCAGCAGAAAUUUUGAUGCGUACGAACUUUGAGGUCGGAGAACUAGCAUUCAAUUUACUCGAAAGCCAUGCCAGUAAAAUAUGGCGACGUCUACAAUUUAUUAUAAUGCGAUGUCAGAAACCAGUAAUAAUUUCAAUUCCUGGUCUUUUGCCGGCACUAUCUUUUAAUUAUUUUGCAACAUAUCUUUCGACUAUACUCUCCUAUUUCACAACACUGCGUGUAAUGAUGGACGACGAAUAAAUGAAAGUAAACUCAGUAUUGUAUACGAUUGAAAUAUACUUGAAACGACUAUUUUAAGUAAUUAAAAUUUGCACUACAAAAAGUUCUUGUACUGCGUUUUUGUUAAAAUAGUCAAUGUCUUGAAUAGUUGUAAAAAUACAAUUAUUGCACCAGCAAACUCUCAUAAUUG